AUUUAGAUGACGUUAAAAUUUUCGUGAUAUGAGCAAGUAACAAUACGGACACGGUAUUUUUUUUCGACACCGUAAACUUUUUUUCAGUUUUUUUCUAAGACAUAAGUGCAAAUAAAUUAAAGAAAAACAAUUGCAAUUGCUAGCCGAGCGGUGAAAUAACAAAAUGCCUUUAAAAUUAGAUAUUAAACGUCGUCUAACGUCACGUUCAGACCGUGUCAAGUGCGUUGACAUACAUCCAACCGAACCAUGGAUGUUGUGUGCUCUAUACAAUGGCCACGUACACAUCAUGAACUAUGAGAACCAACAAUUGGUCAAAGAUUUCGAGGUGUGUGAUGUUCCGGUGCGAUCAGGACGUUUUGUGGCCCGCAAGAAUUGGCUCAUUACCGGUUCCGAUGAUAUGCAAAUACGUAUUUUCAAUUAUAAUACCCUAGAGAAGGUCCACUCGUUUGAGGCACAUUCCGAUUAUAUACGCUGUAUUGCCGUUCAUCCAACACAACCGCUGAUAUUGACGAGUAGUGAUGACAUGCUCAUUAAACUAUGGAACUGGGAGAAAAUGUGGGCCUGCCAACGUGUCUUCGAGGGCCACACCCAUUAUGUUAUGCAAAUUGUCUUCAAUCCCAAGGAUAACAAUACCUUUGCCUCAGCCUCGCUGGAUCGCACAGUUAAGGUGUGGCAAUUGGGUUCAAAUUUUGCCAACUUCACAUUGGAGGGCCAUGAGAAGGGUGUCAAUUGUGUUGACUAUUAUCAUGGUGGUGAUAAGCCAUAUUUAAUUUCCGGAGCCGAUGAUCGUUUGGUAAAAAUCUGGGAUUAUCAAAAUAAGACAUGUGUCCAAACGUUGGAGGGUCAUGCCCAGAAUAUAUCGGCCGUUUGUUUCCAUCCUGAAUUGCCAAUUGUAUUGACUGGCUCCGAAGAUGGUACGGUGAGAAUUUGGCAUUCUGGAACCUAUCGUCUGGAGACUUGCCUGAAUUAUGGUUAUGAACGUGUCUGGACAAUUGCAUGCAUGCGUGGUACAAACAAUGUGGCCUUGGGCUAUGAUGAAGGAUCGAUUAUUAUUAAGGUGGGACGUGAGGAGCCGGCCAUGUCCAUGGAUGUGAUUGGUAGUAAAAUUAUAUGGGCCAAACAUUCGGAAAUGCAGCAGGUUAAUCUGAAGGCCUUGGCCGAUGGCACAGAGAUAAAGGACGGUGAACGUUUACCGGUGGCUGUCAAAGAUAUGGGAGCCUGUGAAAUCUAUCCCCAGACCAUUGCCCAUAACCCCAAUGGCCGUUUUGUGGUAGUCUGUGGUGAUGGUGAAUAUAUUAUCUACACCUCAAUGGCUUUGCGUAAUAAGGCCUUUGGCUCGGCCCAGGAAUUUGUGUGGGCCUUGGAGAGCAAUGAAUAUGCCAUUAGGGAGAGCAGUGGCACGGUACGUUUGUUCAGAAACUUCAAGGAACGUAAAAGUUUUACCCCAGAAUAUGGGGCAGAGAGCAUCUAUGGCGGUUAUUUGUUUGGAGUGAAGACCUCAUCGGGUUUGGCAUUCUACGAUUGGGAAACCUUGACCUUGGUGCGUCGCAUUGAGGUCCAACCACGUCAUGUGUUUUGGAAUGAGGCUGGCACACUGGUAUGUUUGGCCACCGAGGAGUCCUUCUUUAUAUUGUCCGUUGAUACGGGGGCCAUUGUUAAUGCCUUGGAGACUAAACAGGAUUUGGAGGAUGAUGGCAUUGAAAGUGCCUUCGAUGUUUUGGGUGAAAUCAAUGAAAUUGUCAAGACCGGUCUCUGGGUGGGCGAUUGCUUUAUUUACACCAAUUCGGUCAAUCGUAUUAACUACUAUGUAGGUGGGGAAAUUGUAACAGUUUCCCAUUUGGAUCGUACCAUGUAUUUACUGGGCUAUGUGCCCAAGGACAAUCGUCUCUACUUGGGCGACAAAGAACUCAAUGUUAUAUCCUUCCAAUUGCAAUUAUCCGUUUUGGAAUAUCAAACUGCUGUUAUGCGCCGCGACUUUGAGAGAGCCGAUUUGGUUUUACCCACCAUACCGAAGGAACAUCGUACACGGGUGGCCCAUUUCCUUGAGAAGCAAGGCUUUAAGUCACAGGCCCUACAAGUCUCCACCGAUCCAGAUCAUAAAUUCGACUUGGCUCUGCAAAUUGGUGAAUUGGAAAUUGCCGUAAAAUUGGCACGCGAAGCUGAAAAUCCCCAAAAAUGGUCGCAACUGGCCGAUGUGGCUUCACGUAAAAAUAACAUGGCCUUGGUUAAGGAAUGUAUGCAAAAGGCCAAUGAUUUUAGUGGCCUCUUGCUGUUGGCCACCGCCUCCGGGGAUGCUGAAAUGUUGAGAGAAUUAGAGGAGAAUGGCUCGACCCAAGGACGCCACAAUAUUGCAUUCCUUUCGGCAUUUUUACGUUCCGAUGUGGAACGUUGUUUGGAAAUUCUCAUUGAAACCAAUCGCUUGCCUGAGGCGGCUUUCUUUGCCCGCACCUACAUUCCCAGUCAAAUGUCGCGCAUUGUUGAACUGUGGCGCGAAGAAUUGACUAAAUUCAAUGAAAAGGCUGGUCAAUCUUUGGCCGAUCCAGCCAAAUAUGAAAAUCUCUUCCCUGGAUUGGGUGAUGCAUUACAAGUCGAAGAAUUCGUUAGACAAAAAGACCAACAACCAUUGCCGGCACAUGCUGCAGCCUCUUUGCCGCUAAAUAUUGAAAGAAAUCCGUUGGAGGAAAUGCAAUUAGCUCAACAGAAAGGUAUUUAUGAAAGCAAUGCCAAGGUGGGUGUCCAGGAUUAUAAGAAAAGUGAUGAUUAUCCAGCGGCGGGUGUACAAAAUAGACCACCAGCGCAAACAACAACAGUGCCCCCUGCCACCACCAACGAUGAGGAUGAUGAUUUGGAUUUGGAGAUUGAAGGCAUUACAUUGGAUGAUAAUAUUGAUACGACAGAUGUUAAUCUGGACGAUGAUUUUCUGAGCGAUGACUAAGUUUUAUUUGCAAUUAAUUCUAACACAAAAAGAACCACCAUCCCACUUUCCAAAUCAAAUCUAUUCUUUAUGCUGAUGAUAAUAUUCCCCCCCUCCUCACAUUCUCUCCCAACAUUUUAUGUGUAUUUUGUCAGACGAAAAAGAAAAACCAAGAACAGAUAAAGGUCCUGGACCUAACUGGAAUAUGUUUGUGUAUGUUUUGUGUAUUUCGAAAUCCGUUUUUUGAAUGGAAACAUAUUCCCCGGCUCCCCAAGGGCCAUUUACAUACAUUUGCAAAACAAAGCGAAAACGAAACUCUACUUUAAAGUUAUUAUUAUUAUUAACGUGUAGACAGAAAAGUAAAAAACACAUUGCAUCCAAAACUUUUUUUGAAACAUGUUAAAUCUUUUCAAAAAUAUAAUAAUAAAUAAAUAAAAUAAUAAGGAAACUAUACUUUAAAGGAAAAAGAAAUCCAUAUAUAUGUAAUUAUUAUUUUAUUAUAAAAUAAAAAUAUAACAAAAACAUA